AUGCCCCCACUCCCCCAGGAUCUACUAGAUGGAAUCUCCGGGGGCCUCGCAGCAGAAGGAGACGUCCUCAGAAUGGCCCUAAUAAUCUUCAUUGGGUUAUCAUGCUACAACAUCGCCGAGCUAGUCGUCUUAGUGACAGCCACCUUCCGCCGAUGGCGCGGUUUAUAUUUCUGGUCUUUAUUGGCAUCAGGCUGUCUUGGCGUGGUACCAUACACGAUUGGAUUCAUGAUGAAAUUCUUCACGCAUGCCGACACCGUACUAUCCGUUACUAUCCUCACAGUAGGAUGGUGGACGAUGGUGACUGGUCAAUCGAUAGUGCUAUAUUCGCGACUGCACCUCGUUCUCCGGGAUGAGAAGACCUUAAUUUGGGUCCUACGGAUGAUUGUGUUUAAUUUCUUCCUGUUGCAAGUCCCUACUACCACCCUGACGUAUGGAGCUAAUAUUAUCCAUACCGGUAGUCUGACCUGGGUAUGGGGAUACAAUGUUAUGGAGAAGGUCCAGUUGACCGGAUUUACGAUCCAGGAGAGUCUUAUAUCUACGCUUUACGUGAUCCACACAGUGAAGUUACUUCGUCUCGGUGCGAAUACGACGAAUCAUUCCGAUUCGCGGACGAUCAUGUACCAUGUUAUUGGGAUAAAUUGUACCAACAUAGCAAUGGACUUGUUAUUGUUGAGUUUGGAAUAUGCCAACCAAUAUGCCGUCCAGGUCGUGUUGAAGGGAUUGAUAUACUCCAUCAAGCUGAAGUUGGAGUUUGCGGUGCUGGGUCGGUUGGUCUAUAUCAUUCAGAGAUCGAGGCAUCCUAUCUCGGUGUCUAUUGCGGAUACACUGCCUCUUUGUUCGUAUCCGCAUGCGCCUGAGCCUUCGAGUCGUGCUGAGCAGACUGAUUCUGAGCCCGAGCCGAAGGAUAUUAUUACCCCGCUCGAAGGGGAAGUGGUUGAGACGAAGGAUUUUGUCGAGUCGGGGGAGUCACGGAAACCGGCUUCAUGA